AUGCAAGAGGAGGCUUGUUUGCGACCUCUGAGAGGUCAACGACGGUUGCGAUUUGGAUUCCAGAAUCUAGGUCGUGACAAGAUGCUCCUGGGUGACCCAAAUGAUCAUGCCCGAGGGAUGGUGCCAAAGCGGCAAAAGCAGAUGAAGAAAAAUGGAGAUGGGGAAGACUAUUCAAGGCAUUGCUCUUGUGCUUGUUCAACGCGAAUUACAAAAAAUUUCUUGUCAUCUUCACCUGAGAAACUACUCCCAACAGUAAAAGAAACUCUUGUUGUAUGUCCUGUAAUUGCAGCAAUGCAAUGGUUUCGUGAGAUUGAACGCUGCACCACUAGAGGAAGCAAUAAUAUUUUGUUUAUCAUGGUGCCGGAAUGGAGAAAUGCACAUUAUAUCCAAUCUGUAGACAGCAACGCCACAAAAGCGGUUCUUGAUUUAGAAUCUACAUAUAAUGAGAUUUGGUAUGCUCUUAAAGCUAUCCAUUUAGCAAAAGAGGCAAGUUCAAAGAAAUUUCUUGUUUCAAAUUAUAUGGAGUUCAAAAUGGUUGAUGACAAGUUAAUCAUUGAACAUGUGCAAGAAUUUCAACUUAUAUCUAAUAAAAUUGCUAUAUCUAGAAUUUCUCAAGAUGAAAACUUUCAUGUUGGUGCUAUUGUCUCAAAACUUCUUCCAUCUUGGAAAGAGUGCAGAAGCAAACUCUUACACAAGAAGGAAGAUUUGACUCUUGAACAAUUAUUGCAGCACUUGCAAAUUGAACAAGAGACGAUACUGUGA